GUGGGACCAUGUACAAUACAGGGAGGCAUGUGUCCCUCCGACUUGACAAGGAACAUUUGGUCAAUAUAUCUGGAGGACCCAUGACAUACAGUCAUCGCCUGGAAGAGAUCCGGUUACACUUUGGAAGUGAGGACAGCCAGGGGUCAGAGCAUCUACUCAACGGACAGGCUUUCUCUGGGGAGGUUCAGCUAAUCCACUAUAACCAUGAGUUAUAUACAAAUGUCACAGAGGCUGCAAAAAGUCCAAAUGGAUUGGUGGUAGUUUCUAUAUUUAUAAAAGUUUCUGAUUCAUCAAAUCCAUUUCUUAAUCGAAUGCUAAACAGAGACACCAUCACAAGAAUAACUUAUAAAAAUGAUGCAUACUUGCUACAGGGACUUAAUAUAGAGGAGCUAUAUCCUGAGACCUCUAGCUUCAUUACCUAUGAUGGGUCGAUGACUAUCCCGCCCUGUUAUGAGACGGCAAGUUGGAUAAUAAUGAACAAACCAGUCUACAUAACCAGGAUGCAGAUGCACUCUUUACGACUGCUCAGCCAGAAUCAACCCUCGCAGAUCUUUCUGAGCAUGAGUGACAACUUCCGGCCUGUUCAGCCACUCAAUAACCGCUGCAUCCGCACCAACAUCAACUUUAGUUUACAGGGGAAGGACUGUCCAAAUAACAGAGCCCAGAAGCUACAAUAUAGAGUAAAUGAAUGGCUGCUCAAAUGAAAAACCAGGCCCAGAUGAAUUCCAUCUCAGUGAAAUGCUACAACUGUGAAUCGACGUAACCUAGAAUGCUCCCCUUUCUUUCCCUUUCCCUUCUCCUUCCCUGCCCCAAGCUUCAUUCAUUCUCUGGACUGGUCCUUCCUACAUGACAAUAGCUACAAGCCUGUGGCACAGGAAAGACUCAGACACACAUAGACACACACCCGCAUACAUAAAUCAAACACACACAAAAGCUGCCAUGAUGGGAAGUCAAGUUGUUUUUUAAAAAAAAAAAAAGGUAAUUCAUAAGAGAUCUGUCUUAGAAGAUAAUAACUUCAGUAAAUGUGAUUACAAUUUUGAUACCUUUUUUCCUGAACUAACAAAACCACGCGGUGAGACUUUUCAGCCUUUGUACAUAUGAAAUCUUCCCCCCAAAAAAAAGAGAGAGAGAGAAGAAACAUAUGGCUUCUCCAGGAUCAGAUGGACUUUGCUCUAUGUAUCAAGUAACCCCCGGAAAGCUGCCCUAGCAUCCUCUACCUAACGGUGGCUGGCGAGUCAGGACAAAGAAGGUGGUUGAUGAAACUAAUUUCUAGGUUAUGAUCCUUCUGUUUAUUUACUUUAAAAAAAGUUUUAACUGACAACCGUUGGGCGAUAGCAUUGUAAAUAUAACACUGCAGACUAUAAAGAAAUUGAAUUCUUUCCCUCUUUGUCACAUAUCUGUAGUAGGAUUUGCCAAGAUCAGAAUUGAUUCAUUUUCUGUUCCUUGUUUUCCAAAGGUCAUUCAUUGUGUUUGGUUACUGUUAACAACUCAAUAAAUGUGUUUAACGAGUUAAUUGA